UUUUGCCUCAGAGAGCGGCAGCCGGCCCGCCCUGAGGAAGUGGCCCUGGCCGCCUGGGCAGGGAACUGCCGCCCUGUCAGGCACCGCGGGCUCUGCUGGUCUCACGUCCCGGCAGCGACCUCCACGGGGCGGCCGCAGCAGCAGCAGCGCCUGCUGCGGAGGGGAGGGGAGCGGGCCGUGCCGUGCCGUGCCGGCCCCGGGCCCGCCCCGUGGGUUUGGCCCUCUCGAGCCGCCGUCGCAACCGGUAGCCGGCGUCUUGGCGCCCUCGGUGCCUCCUGCGGGGCUGGGCUGCCGGGGCGGCGGCCUCCCGGGGCGCCGGCCUGCCGCGCCUCUUCCGCGGUGGCUCGUGAGGGCCCAGGGCGCCGACCAGCGAUGUCGGAGGCGGGUGGAAGCGGUGAUCUCUCCUCGCGGAGCUCGGGCGCGGGCUGCGACCGCCUCUCGUUGCCGUCCACUUCGCGCAACGGUGCCGUGCCCCAGCGCAAACAGCAGCGGCUGUCGGGCCGGCACCGCCCGCAGGCCUCCGGGGAGGAGGGCAGGGAACCCGAGGUGGCGGAAGACGAGCCCGGGCAGCCGGGCAGCGCCGAGGGCGCCGGCGAUGAACGCAGGAGGAGGAUGAUCCGGAACCAGUACCGGGAGCUCAUCUACAGCGUGCAGCAAAAUCGUGAGGAUAUGCUGAGUUCAAAAAGCAACAGACUGACAGAAGCUUUGGAAGAAGCCAAUAAACUGUUUAGUGCAGUUUCCUGUGCACGAGAGGCUGCGCUGGAUGCCCAAUUUCUUGUCUUAGCAUCAAAUCUAGGAAAGGAGAAGGCCAGUGAGUUGCACUUUGGGAUGACGGCAUUUGAUUCACUAGCAUUUGCGGAAGACUUGCUAACCUUCAUGGGUAUAAACCGCAUAGAAAAAGAAGAGAAUGAUGGUGAUUCUGAUUGUGAGGACAUUUCAGGUGGCUAUUUAGCUUGUAAUGCCUGGCAUAAACUGGGAGCAGAAGCAGAACAGUACUUUAGAAGAGCACCUUCUUUUCACUAUAUGUUGGGAUCUUUCAAGUCUGAUCCUCCUGUACCAAGGCAACGGAUUGAGAGGCAGAAAAAGACUACUGGAGGAGAAGAGAAACGGGCAAUGCCUGCUCAGUUAAAAAAAAUGGAGGAGUCUCAUCAGGAAGCUACAGAAAAAGAAGUAGAGAGGAUCUUGGGAUUAUUGCAAACUCAUUUUAAAAAUGAUCCUGAUACGCCCAUUUCCUUCUUUGAUCUUGUGAUUGAUCCAAAAUCAUUUCCACGCACUGUGGAAAACAUCUUUCAUGUGUCCUUCAUUAUAAGGGAUGGUUUUGCAAGAUUAAAGUUGGAUGACGAUAAAUUACCAAUAAUAGAGCCGUCAAAAGACAGUGAGCGAAGGGAGGGUGAUGGUGGUGCUGGAAAACGGAACCAGGUUGUCAUAUCUCUGAACCAUCAAGAAUGGAAGGAAAUUGUAGAAACGUAUGAAAUAACAGAACCCAUGAUUAGCUCUCCUCUUAAAAAUGAAGAUGAUAUGGACACAGCUUAAUUCAAGUGCCUUAAAGAAAAUAUGUUAGUGUUUCAUUCAGAGAAGUUUUUAUAUGUAUAUGUUGUAAAAUUAAAUUUAUUUUUAUGGGAACAUUUUGAGCUGUGUUGUUUAUACCCAUCACAGGGUUAUUACCAUAUACUUUCUAUUUAUUAUGGCUUAGUUUACUACUUUAUGUGAAGUUUACUGACACUUCAAAGCUUUCACGAAAAGGAAAUGCUAUCCCCCUUCUUUCAUCCCGUCUCUCCCCAACAGCAGCCUGCAGGUGGAAUUUCAAUGGUUGUCACGGCAGAGAUGUUUAGUCUUGUUACCUAGAUGAUCUUGGGUGCUGCGGGACAAAUGGAUGCUGUCUUUCUGUUCUUUUCUGGAAAUAAAAGGCUUGAGUUUGGCGAUUUGGUCGCGGUUACUGAUGGUAACUCCUCCUUUUGCUCCUCGGAGGACCACUGUCUCUGGAGGU